AUGCGCGACAGAACGGCCUUGAACGCACCGAAGAUGAUCACUGCUACGUCCACAGAACACAACAUUCCCAGCUCAUAUGCCUUCUUGAAUAGCCCGUUCUUCCGCUGCACGCCAUGGGCAAUUUCGACGCGCCAGCCAAGAACAUGCAACAGACAGACAGCGCAGCACAGCACACAGAGUGCGAGCGCACAGCAGCACAGCAGCGCCACUCAGUCAAUGCGUCACACUAGCACUGCAGCUCCCGCACAACGCAUCGCAAAAACACUGAGAACACAACUCGCCUUGAGAAAAGUCACUGAGCGGUUGCGCUCGUGCUACCAGCGCCCGCGAGAGAAAAUAGAGUCAGCAUGGCGAACUGAAUUGCGCGAGAAAAUAGCACGGGGGAUAGAGAAACGGGACGAUGGAAAUAGGCUAGCGGAUGGAGAGGGACAAGGAGAUUGCAGUGACCCAUGGCGGGAGUCUUUGGACGUGGUCAAUGUAAUGCAGUUGUUCAGUAGAGCAGCAGGUCGUGUUGGACACGGCAGCAAAUAUUGUUGUUCUUGCAACGGCAGACUCUGCAGUGGAAGCUAG